AUGGUUUGUAAUCCGUCCUCUAAAGCAGUUUCGACCCAAAUGUUCUUCAUCCGUGUCAGUUUUAUGGCCAAGUCAGCCAUCCUGCUGGACAUGGCGCUUGAUCAGUACGUUGCCAUCUGUGACCCCCUGAGAUACACUGCUGUGCUAACCAAGUCUGUGAUCAGGAAGAUGUGGCUGGCAGUUGUCACAAGAAGUUUCUCUUUCAUUUUCCCCAUCAUCUUUCUUCUGAAGCAGUUGAAGUUCUGCAGAACCAACCGCCUGCCUCACACCUAUUGUGACAUGGCCAUAGCCUGGCUGGCCUGCGACGACAUCGCUGUCAAUUUCUGGUAUGGUAUAGCUAUGGCUAUUUUAGUAAUUGGUUUGGAUGCUGUGCUCAUUGCUGUAUCUUAUGGGCUGAUCCUGAGGGCCGUCUUCCGGCUCCCCUCCAAGGACGCCCGGCUCAAGGCUCUCCGCACCUGCGGAUCCCACCUCUGUGUCAUGCUGAUGUUCUACACACCAGCCUUUUGCUCCUCUUUUUCACACCAAUUUGGGCACAUCAUCGCAGGUUAUAUUCUUAACCCACUGACCAACCUCAGUGUGCUCAUUCGCCCCAUGUUAAACCCCAUCGUUUAUGGGGUGACAACAAAAGAGAUCCUGAAACGGGUGAUCAAUGUGUUUCAUUGGAGGUGCAGGAGAAGCUCCCUGCUGAGCUAA